ACCAACUCUGACGUCUUCAUACGUCCGAACGCUAUUGGCUAUUGCACUUCCGUACAUUUCAAGCAGGGAAGCAUGGCAGCAGGAGAGCUUUGGAACCGGGUAAACAUUCCCUAUCCCUGCGCCACCUCGGCCGUCAAAAUACAACUUGCUUCAAGAACAGUUAGAAUCGUCAAAGCCAUUCAGCUGGAAAACGACGAGGUCCUCACCCUUCUUCAUAAUAAGAUCCUUCAGACGGAGAUCCGAGUCCUGUACGAGCUGAUGUACAUCCUGAACAACAGCUACAGGGGCAACAAGACCUUCAAGGGCUUACAGCGGGUUGAACAAUGUAUAAACAGACUGAAGAACAUGAAGCUUGAUGCUGCUCUUCAGGAGCUGGUAGAACUGUGCCCUAAUCAGAUCCAAAUGGCGUUGUGCGAGGAGACAGGGGAGUGUGAUGUUCCGAGUCAACCCAUACUAGAGUGGACCUGUCUUAAAGUGCUGGGAGCUGGCAAGCUGCUGAGCUGCACUUUGUCUCGUUGCAGCGACGCUUUUCUACUCGCAAACCAGCAGAUGAAAUGGGAAGAGUUUCUCGUGUUGAAUUUGGUGUUAACCAGCAUGCUCAGUCGCUUGUGGGUGAUUUUCCGCGGUUUACUGGUCAGCCUUUCCAAACUGUACCAGUGGCUCCUGAAACUCCUGGAGGAUGUGGCCCAGGCCCAGCCGAUGCCCUACCUCACCGACGUGGUCUUGCCAGCAGGUAUGGCUGAGUUCCUGGGUCCCGCUGAUGCUUUCGUGCUGAAGAGUCAUCCAGCAUUUCACGCUCGCCUCAAAGAUCAGAAAGCGGACUCGCAGACAAGGAAGAAAGCUUCAGCUGAUGUCAGAAACAAGAAACAGAUGAUCAAUGUUACAGAAGACCUCGGGGUUUCCAUUGGAAGAGGUAUGAAGUCACCCGAGUACAAGCACAAGCAAACUGACCGACCAGAUAGCCCUAAUUAUCAGGGGUUGUUUGCUAAAUCUAGUAAGUUUGUGUCGGAAGGACUGAGAAACGAUGCCAAGAAACAGAAGUUCAAGAAACAGGCGGAGGAGGCUACAACUUUUACACUCAUGUCUGCCAAUCUGGAGAAGAUGAUUCAGUGGUGCAGAUCCGAAGGGAUGAAGAAGACAAAACGUCUCCUCGCAUUCCUGCGGCUGAAGUGCCAAAAGAUGAAGUGUCUGGAAGCAGAAGGAUACAACGUUCAGAGGAAGCUUCGGGGCUUCAGACAAGAAGUGUGCCUGGCUUUAUCUCCCCAGGGAUCAGCAGGGAGAACCUUUGGUUUUCCGGCGACAACAGCGAGGGUCGUAGGCCGAAGAACACGUUUUCAGUCACUCAGGAAAAGAUUUAUCGGAUCUAGAAACAGGACUGGUGUAAAGACGACAGGACGACGCAAAGAAACUGAGCAGCAGAUUUAUUUUAAAGAUGUCCAAAAAAGCAGGACUGCAAGCAUGGCAGGUUUACAGACCACUAACUCGGGUAGCAAGGAUGACAUAGAUGAUAUAUUUGCAAUUGCAGGCUUGUGACACACUUAAAAUCAAGACUGAGAUGACGAUGUAUGGCGAAGGUCGGUCGUCUGUGUAAAGUGCAUAGGUGCUGCUAAGUAUAAUAUUAGAACUUAUAUAUUUACAUUUUAAAACUUUGAAAUCAUUUUUUUAACCUAAGCCUUGAAACUAUUUUUAACUUAAGCCUAUUUCGUAUUAGCUUAAAAGACUAAAUGUGCAAGAGUAGAAUGCAAAUAUUGUCCGUGUGGCAAGCUGUUUACAUGCAUCUCAGUAAGAUCGUGUCUGAAAGCAUAAAGCAUUACAGAUCAAAUGGAAAUGGACUUAUGAAUUGUAUAGACAGAAAAUAACGGUAAUCAAUGUCACUUUUGUUGACAUUUCCAGUAUCACAGGAUGUUGGCCAACAAUCAGAACUCAUAAUUAUUUCCAGAGUCAUCGGGUUGUCUUGUUGAUGUCUUUGCAGCCUUGAGGCUCAGUACUUGUUGCCAAAGACAACAUAGUUCAUCUACUGUGCUGUUUAUUUUUCUAUGGAAAUAUGACCGUAUCAAGUUGUAGUGAUGGUUAUUUGAGUGAGUCAAAAAUAUUUUUUUCUCCACGGUUGAAGCCUUGAAAGUCAGCUUCUUACAUGUGAAGUCACUUAAACAAUAAAGUGCUCUUCAAGAUAUAGACAUGGAAUGUAAAAGUGUCUGUAAAGUAAGCUCAUUAACUAAAAAUACUACAUAGGAGUCAGAUUCUCACCAUUUACUGGAUCACCAGUUAAAAAUCCCAAUAGCAUGCACUUGGUUAUGAGCUGCUUUAGCUAUACCUUUUAAAAGCUUUUUUUUUAAGGCCCUGUGGAUAAAUGGCAGCAUUAGUGUCGCAUCAGUGCAAGAAGACUCUUUACUUCCCUCAGCCGGGAAGCAUGGAAUAGCAAAUGCCUGACAACGAGUGGUUCCUCGUUCUAAUAGCAAGUUAUAGUAAACGAAUGGUUCCUGUUCCGAUGCCCUAUUACUGUAAAAUAAAUGGUUCCUCUUGCUUCAUAUCAGUAUUUAAACUGCUCGGUGCUUUGUUGGUAAUGGAGAAGUCUUUGUGAAUGUUUUGAGGCAUUGCUUGUGUGCGAAAUACUGUACUGCUGGUCCUAAAGCAAGAGGAAGAGAACACAAGCCUGUACUCGUGUGCCGUUUCCCCACCUUAUAAUGGAAGAAAUGUAACAACAGAGACUCCCAGGUUGUGAGUGGCUUACGUAUUUAGUGGCUUGCAUUAGUACUCAUGCCGUUUGAAGUUUUUCAUAUCAAUAUAUUUUAUUAGGAUUUUCCAGGACUCCUAGGGAGUGUGGAAUGUGCAUAUAUCAUUUUCCAGGUUGGAACAAGUAUGGACCAAGAGUGUGGGUAAAAGUUAGAUUUUCUAGAAUUCUGUUCUUCCAAAUUCUAGAUUAUAAAAAUCUAAUAAUUCUUAAUGCGGUAAUUAUAAUAUUGAUUUCUUGUAUUUUGACAUGCUUUAACUUUCAUUAGCCAAAUCACACCUGAAUGUUAACAUUUUCCACAUCUGUAUUUUGUUUUUUGACAUGACUGAAUGCACACCAACUCAAAAAUCUAAACAUGACAUUUUACAGUCUGUUUGGUGUCUAAGCAGCUUAUGAGAGGUUUGGCAGAAAUGAAUAAACAGCAUCAUGAGGACCAAGGAACACACCUGACAGGUCAUGGAACCACAGUAGGAAAUGGCGGUUGCCGCUUUUUGCUGCAGGAAUAUUUCUGCAAGGACAGAGUAGAUGGAGCUAAACGUAGGCCAAUCUUUGUAGGAAUUUGGAAUGUUUGCAAAAGACUGAGGUGGAGGCUCGCCUUCCAUCAGGACAAUGAACAUGCAGCCAGAGUUAAAGAAUCGCUAACACCCACAAGAUCUUCAUGUGUUCAAAUGGCCAAUGCAAAGUUCAAACCUGAAAACUGAGGACCAGUAGUUGAGACAUCUCAAUCGUUUUCAGCUGUAAUUAUGCAAGAGGUGGUUCUAUAAAGUAUUGACUGAAAUGAGUCAAAUAAAAUGCUUGUAACGGUUU